UUUGCAGCUCAUUGCAAAUCCCUCAGUGUUUUGCAGCUUGUUCCUGACACAUUGCAGCCGCUCACCUGGGGCUGAGAGGCUGACAGAGGCCAUUGUCCCCUCCCUGGAGGGGGCGGAGGCUGUGCUGUCGCCUUCAGAGCCAGAGCUGCUAUAGUUUUUUUCUUUUUCUUCCCUGAAGCCCGCAUCUUCGCUCCGUGGCGCUCGGCAAACAUGAGUGAAGAGCGGUCGAGUUUCUUGGGUUGUGCCGGGGGCAGAGGGCGAGAGCGGGAGAAACUUCCAAUCAUCGUGGCAGCAUCGCCAAGCUCCGAGGCGCCCGCAGCAGCAUUCGCGGGAAGUGAAAGAGGAUCCAAAGUCCAAUUUCCAACUUUUAGCACCUUUAUCUCUACCAUCAACCAGAAGCAAGAAACCAUUGCUGGCAUCAGUUCUCCCUCAAAACCUGUCUUGCCAAAUGCCAAACGUGUGCGAGAUCUACCACCCAUUAAUCCAGUUGUACGUCAAAAACAACACAUCUCAAUCGAGAUUUUGCCCCCUGAAAUGAAAGCUCCCAUCCCUCCUGAACCUGCACUUCCUAUUCAUACCAAAACGGUGAAGGAAUUUCAAGAAGAUGUAGAAAAGGCCAAGAUAUCAGGAGACUGGACAAUUGUACAUGAUUUUUAUUCAACAACAUUUGAUUCUUUCCUGGAGAUUAAUGCAACUUUCAAGCGAAAUGCUAAUGCACCUUUCAACACAUUAGAUGAUCCAGGCAUUAAUGUUAAUUUAAUAAACAGUGUCUAUGACACCUUACUGAACACACCUCAAGAUAUUCAAAAAACUGUUCUGAAAGGGAUUAUUAAUAGUCUUCUGAAGAAAUGGAAAGGACCACGGACAAAAGAUGAUCUGCGAGCUUAUUUUUUACUUGUGCAGAACCCUCAGUUUACAAGCACAUCAACAUAUGUCAUCUACGCCCAUCUAUUACGACAGACCGCCACUUUGUCUGAAGCAGACCAUCAUUUUCUAGUCCACUGGUUUCAAACAUUGCCCUUAAGGAGAUUUAAACUAUUGGUAGAAAGAUUACUGCAGUUCAUAUCUUUACGUCUGUUUCCGGCAAAACCAGAUGACCUACCACCCAUGGCAAAGUGUACUUGGUGGAUUCCUUCAGCAACAAGAGUCUUGGCUUUGCUCAAUGCAGCUAACAGUCUGUCAAAUCCUCCAAUUAUUCCUUUCAUGGAUUUCUACAACUCUACCUUGGAUCAUAUUGACCUCAUGGAGGAGUAUCAUAUCUGGCAGUGUUAUGGAAAUUCUCACAGGUUUUCCUUCUGCCAGUUUCCUUUCAUUCUCUCCUUAGCAGCAAAGAAAAUUAUUAUCCAGAGGGACUCUGAACGUCAGAUGAUCACAGUAGCUAGGCAAAGCUUGGUUGAUAAAGUGUCUCGUAGACAGAAGCCAGACAUCAACAUGCUUUUCCUAAAUGUUAAAGUCAGACGCUCGCAUUUGGUUAACGAUUCACUGGAUGAGUUAACAAGAAAAAGGGCAGAUUUAAAAAAGAAGUUGAAAAUCACCUUUGUUGGUGAAGCUGGAUUGGAUAUGGGCGGUCUCACCAAAGAGUGGUUUCUUCUGCUCAUUCGUCAGAUCUUCCAACCUGAUUAUGGAAUGUUUACAUAUCAAUGGGAUUCACGGUUUUAUUGGUUCAGUAGCUUUAAAUGUGAAAGCUACUCUGAAUUUCAAUUAGUCGGAACUUUGAUGGGUCUGGCUGUGUAUAAUAGUAUCACCCUGAAUGUGCAGUUUCCACCCUUCUGUUACAAGAAGCUCCUGAGUCCUCCUGUUGUUCCAACCCACCAGAAUGCUACUGUUGGAGUAGCAUUGCUUACACUUGAUGAUCUGCGCCAACUUAUGCCGGACUUAGCUCAUGGACUUACGGCACUUAUAAAUUAUGAAGGCAAUAUUGAAGAAGACUUUUGUUCCACAUUUCAAAUAUUUCAGGAAGAAUUUGGAAUUCUAAAAUCAUAUAACCUCAAACCAGGGGGUAACAAAAUCCCAGUAACCAAUCAGAACAGACAAGAGUAUGUGCAGCUCUAUAUUGAUUUUCUUCUGAACAAAUCCAUAUAUAAACAGUUUGCAGCAUUUUAUUAUGGAUUUCAUAGUGUUUGUGCCUCCAAUGCUUUAAUGCUGCUCCUCCCAGAGGAAGUGGAAAUUCUUGUGUGUGGGAGCCCUGAGCUGGACAUCUAUGCACUGCAAAAGAUUACACAGUAUGAGGGUUAUUCCAAGAUGGACCCCACAAUCCGGUACUUCUGGGAUGUGGUUUUAGGAUUCAGUCUUGAGCUCCAAAAACAACUUCUACAUUUUACUACAGGGAGUGAUAGAGUUCCAGUAGGUGGACUCGCUGAUCUUAGUUUUAAAAUUACAAAGAGUGAUGUGCCUACUGAUUGGUUACCAGUCGCCCACACCUGUUUCAAUCAACUCUGCCUGCCUCCAUACAAGAAUAAGAAAGAACUUAAGCAGAAGUUAACAAUUGCUAUUUCAAAUACAGAGGGGUUUGGUCUGGAAUAAUAAGAAAACAACUGUACCACAACAUCUAUGUAGAGCUUUCAGCGUAGAAAAGUAACA